AUGUCGGCGCCGUGGUGGGAUUCCGACGACGACUGCUCUGGGGUUGAGUACCGCGCCUACGUUGGCAACCUCCCCUGGGGCACCGAUGAGAGCUCGCUCAAGGACUUCUUCUCCGACUACCGCCCGCUUAGAGCUAUAAUCGUCACCGACCGGGAGACGGGCAGAUCCCGCGGCUUCGGCUUCGUCUGGUUCGACGACAAUGAGUCGCUGAGCAACGCCAUCCAGGGCAUGGACGGCCAGGAGCUCGGCGGCCGCACCAACACCGUCGACAGGGCCAAUCAACGCCCCCGCCGCUGGAGGAGAUGA